AGGCGUUAGAACUGUAUCAAACAUAUUCUUAUGUCGAUAUAUGCGCACCCAAUCGGGUGGACGAACAGCGGACGGAUAAAGGUGUAGAGCCGGGGCUAUAAGCUGUCACUGACGGAUCGUUGUAAUGAUAGAUUUAUACUGUGGCGCUGAACGAGAUCUACUGUGCCCAGUGAAUAGCAGUUACCGGCCUUAGUGAUCAAAACAGCGCCGCUGUUCGAUCAACUUGCCUGAACGGAGCGUCUUUCAACAGUAACAAUAUUGAAGCGUCGAGACGUUUGUGAUGACUGACUGUUACAACCAGGUGUUGAAAACAUCUAAACAUCAUAAGCGGUGGAUACUUAGAUGGCAAUAGAAGAUAUAAACUUCUCACAGGAGCGAUCUGAUCAUUCAAUUCCGCGGGUGAAGGCAAUGUGUAAAGUUUAUUGAAAGAUAUACAAACGCGGGAGACUAUACACUGAAGUGUCUGACGAUUCACCGUCUCAGGUGACAGUUUACAUAUACACAUCGGUAAUGAAGCAAUGCCUCUUGAAGACUCGCAUACAGGAGUAAACAAAGUAGUAUCAUUCACCGAAUAACUACAGACACUGUGUGGAGCUAGCCGAAUGUUAUGAUCUCUUCUCUAUGGGAGCCACGGUGUUGAUUUUCUGUCAGUGAUACAACCAAACCGAGUCGGUUAAUUGACAUGUAUAUUAAAGUCCAGACUUCAAGGGAUUGGAUCCGUCAGGUAGAAGUAACAUAUUGCCACUGUGUCCAUCUAGACAAACACUAGAUACUCAAGUAGAUUUCCGUAUAAUGACAGAAGGACUUCUAACAAGACGUACUAGUGACUCUGUGGGUCUGGACGUCAAAUAGACGUACCGUGGAGAAAAUUGGUGAAGUGGUUACACGUCACACUUGGGUAGCAAAUAUUGGUGAAGUAACAUAUGAGGAUACACAAGACAAAGUGUCCUACUGGUGUAUGAGCCACACUCUGGAGCGGAAGUCAGCAGGGAACAUACUCAAUACAUUCUUUUGAUGCUUACGUAACGGUUCUUACAUCUCAAGUGUAUAUUAGCCAUGAGUGGAAUAAGCGUCGUGACACAGACAAUGAUUACUCCCCGACGAUUCACGUGUUGGACCGGAAGAGAGCAGUUGAAGCCUGCUGUACAAGACCUCAGUGGUCAGCUGAGACCACCUACAAGAAGUCUGUCCAGUUCUUCCGAUGAAGAUGGGAACGGUAAUUACCUCUCCUUUGGCCCGCAAGGUUUUCUGAGUGAGCGACACAAUGCUCUCACGUGUCGGCCUUUCCUCACACAGCGUCAGACAUCGAGGAGUGCAGGGAUGAACACACAAAGGGGAGAUAACUGUAUACAUCGCCAAACCGUGCAAAGAAGUGCACGUCUCAGGUCUCGUUUAAGUUAUACGAGAUCUCGCAGCGCAGACCAGAUGCUGAACACAGUAGCCAAUAAAACCUACGACAGCGAGGAACUGUUGUCACUUCAAGUGGCAAAAUCAGUGGAUAGGUCCCGUGACUCCAUGCAAGGACAUAUGUACACCUUACCUUCGUCAAGGAUGUCCCAGCGUGAUAUCGUAGUUCAACCCCGGCCAGCCACAACCACCGGCCGAUACUUCGACUCUGCCAAUGGGCUCCGCUGUAGGAACAUGCACCAGAACAGGAGGCCUCAGACAGCAGGGUCCUGGCUUGCUUCGGGCCUCAAGAUACAACGAAUCAAACUUCAAUCAAAAAACGAUUUUGGUCUGAAACUGGAAGCCAGUGUGAAGGAAAGGUAGAUGUGACAGUCCAUGCGACGUGUGAUACAAAGAAACACUGGCCAAGUGUUUGGAAUUGAGAAAGGGGUUCAGGAAGACAUAUAGAAUCCAAAGUUUAAAGGUGAUAAAUGUUGACAUGACAGUCGCUGUGAUAUGUGCGUGGUACCUGGACCCCUCCCGUGUCGAGAGGUGUUCCUAGCUAUCAGUCUGGUAAAGAUGACCUCUCGAAGAACUAUACUAUUUGAGAAGGCGAUGGUUCUUUUAACCAAGGCAUACAUGGUUGCUUCAUGGAGCAUGUGGUAACAGAAUAAACGGGAAAAUGAAGUGUGGUGUUAGAGGGCUUUGGAUUUGGAAGGACGAGUAGGGGGAACCAGAGGUUAAAUGCUUGGUGUGGUAGUCUUGCGAAGGAUGAGGAAACAGCCUUCAUCCUGAAUGUAAAUACAUGAUGUACAUUGAUCUCGCCAUGCCAGUAUUCGGUUUGUUUCAGGAUGAACUGUUCGUAUUGAGAUAUAUCUGAGCCGUGGGUUAGUUUUUCCGUAGUUAGCCCAGCUUUUAUCUUUGAAUUUUAAAUCUGAACAUUAUUUUUUAUAUUUGUGCAUUUUGCUUUACUGUUUAACUGAGUAUCGAUGUGUUCAUAACUUCAUAUCAUAAGUCGUGUCAUUUUUUCACAAUUUAA